CUAGACUCAGCUAUUCUGGAAUUUGUUAAUUUUUAUGAAGAUAUCAUCAGCUUUCAUGCAACCAUGGAUAUUCUAUAAAUCUGUGAAUCAAAUUGGAUAUAAAGUUCUUGGAAUAUAUUGAAAAACUUCAGAUAUUAAACUAUAAAUGACUGUUAUUAAGCAUGUGACAGCAUAACUUACCAGAAAUGUCUUUUCAAGUAAAGGUAGAACCUGGGAAAUAUUCUGUCGAUAAAAAAAAGAAGAAUAUCACUGAUUCAUAUCUGAAGGGAUUCAACGUCAUAACAAAGUAUACUGUCCCUACACCACCCAGUGAAAGAUUCAAAGCAAAUCAUCACAGAAAAGUCCAUAAAAAUGCAGGUGGGAAUCUGGCAACUCCGGAACCUGCCAAACUAUCGUCAAGGAUGUCAACCAGCGCUGAUGAUGUCAUCGUGAUUUCAGAUACUGAGGAAGAGGAAUCUCCUCGUUCAUCAACAAUUCUCGCAAGUGAGCAAGGUCAUUCUCAAGGGCAAACCUCAAUGUCUCAAGGUCAUAAAGGUCAAGUUGAGCAGCCAUUGUCUCAAAGCUCUCCCCAAAAGUUGAGCGUUAUAUCUGCAGAAGUCCGCAAAUCAGCAGUCUGGCGAACUGGUCCGCUAGAGAUCCCAGAUGCUCGAUCCAAAGCGGAACCCAUGACUUCAAAAAAAUCAACUACGGUGGUCUCUCCUCUUAAAUUUAUUUCAAAAAGUAUUACAAAACCUGUAACAGUGGCCACAGCCACGAUUAGGGUUAAGGCAAACUCAAAAACAGGGACAAUUACCCCCCAUAGAAAAAGUUUUCAAAAUGAAAUUGCGUCACCGACUCCAAAGCAAACUCCUAUCGCACAGUUAGUGCCAGUAACAUCAGAUUCUGACAAAACUAUUAUGCAAUCCGCAAAAGCCGUUGAAACCCAAAACGCUCCUAAAGUUGCGACUUCUCAACCUCCAAGGGAAGCCAGAGACUUUCUACAAACUACAGAGAGGGAGAAAAGGCCACCAAUUCGAAAACCAAUCAUUUGUGAUCCUGUCAAAGUAAAGGAAGACUAUAUGAGAAUGGUUGAAAAAACUAUCACCCCCCAAAAAAUGAAAAACUCCAAUUCAACUUCCACCACCCCUCUCAAAGACAAAUAUGGUAUUGCAUAUAUGGGGUGUUCCCCAUCUACUAAACAGGGGAGUGAAAAUGAGGCAAUAAAAAACUCACCUGGAGACUCAUUUCUGGAUCGUUUGCAAUUACUGCUUGACCAUGAGGAGAAGAAUGAUAUCAGACAUCACUCCGCUGCAAAAAAUCAUCAUAAAGACGACUCCGAACAACGCCGAAUUGACUCCAGGCAACACUCGCUCUACCCAUACAAAGGAAAAGAUAGAAAUCAUAAUCUGAUUAAGUCAGUGAACCACGACACCGUAAAUAUUUCAUCACAUGAAGGUCGUUCGCUAAAUUCUCAAGGUCAGGUACCUUCAACAGAACCAAAGAACUUGUUUUCUUCAAUUGAAAGAUUGAAGAAUGAAACUACAAUGUCACAAAAUGACAAUGUGUUCUUACAAGGUCAUUUGAGUAAUUCCCAAGGUCGUUCAGAUCAACUUCAUAGUCAAUUAGUUAAACCUGAAGGUCAAUUAAAUGCAUCUAUAUCUCUCAUACCUCAUCUUAUGAACAAAAAACACAACUAUCAAGGACAGGAGAAUGACAAAAGGUCAUCUCAAGGUCAAAAAUCUUCUUUUCAAAGUCAAAUAUACGAAUUUUCUCUAUCUCAAGGUCAGAUUUCCGUAUCAUCAUUUCAAACUGAAAAAUCUGCACUUCAAGGUCAAAAAUUGAAACCAUCAUCUCAAGCUCGUAAAUUCGAAUCUUCUUCUCAAGGUCAAAAGUGGGAUUCUCAAGGUCAAAAAUUUCAGUCUUCAUCUCAGAAUCAAAAAUCUUCAUCUCGAAGUAAAAAAUUUGAGUCACAAAGUCAAAAGUCUAAUUCGUCCUCUCAAGGUCAAAGAACUUCAUCUCAAGGUCAAAAAUCUGAUUCUUCAUCUCAGGGUCAAAAAACUUUGUCGCAAGGUCAAAUAAUGGAAUCCCAGGGUCAAAAAUGGGCAUCUCAAGGUCAAAAAUCUGAUUCUUCAUCUCAGGUUCAAAAAACUUUGUCGCAAGGUCGAAGACUAGAAACUCAAGGUCAAAAUUCUGAUUCUUCAUCUCAGGUUCGAAAAACUUUGUCGCAAGGUCAAAUACUGGAAUCUCAAAGUCAAAAAUCUGAUGCCUCUUACCAAGGUCAAAAGCUUGAAUCUCAAGAUGGAAAAUUGGAGUCCCCAAGAAUACUUCCUGGAAUCGAUCGAAUGAAACCAUACACAGACAGUAAGAUCAUGAAAACAACAUUAAAAAGAACAACGUCAAAUAGUAGCAGCGAAAAGAAAUCCUCACAUAGUGGCAGUGGGGGCAAAAGGUCGAAAAAUCUCUCUCAGAAAGAUAUUGGAGACAAAAUAAUCGACGACUUCAUAAAAGAAGUCAACGCAAAGACCAACAUGAACAGUAUGAGUAGGAUCCCAGUCUUCACAGAUGUGAGCAACAAUGUCCCGUUAGACCCCCCAAUGAGGGGGUCGCAAAAAAAGUUAUCCACUGAUGAAAAUUUUGAACGAAUCCUAAAUUGGCGACAAAAAUCCACACCAAAGUCUGCGGCAUUGAAUAAAAUACGUCAAGGUAGACAGAAUUCUGCUCGCUCAUCCGAAUCCGACGCGUCAGAUUUUUCAGAUUUUUUCAAACUUUCGGUUAGUUCAAGGGAAAAUUCAAUCGAGACUUCUUCAACCGCGAAGGCAUCGCCAGAAUCAUUAAACCAGAAAAAUGAUGUUUUCAAUUCUGCCAAACAAGGAAAUGACACUUUGGUACCAGAAACUAGCCAGAUUUCACCAGAGGCUCCCAGAAACAAAACAUUGAGUGAUAAACAAACAGUUUCAUCAAAAAGUUGCAGAAACGUCUCCUCAUUAUUGGAAAAUUCAUUUCUUCCUUUAAAAAAUCAAGCAAAGCUGGAAAGAUCUGAAACAUUGUUGUCACUUGAGAAUCCAAGUCCAAUUUUAAAACCGAGAUAUCGUAAACGUUUACUCGAUGAUGCUGAUAUUAGUAUGUCGACUCCGAAACGUUUGCGCACAAGUCUAGACUUGGAAAGAGAUGAAGCAAAAAUGUCUUCUUUGAUUGACAGCGUCCUCUUAGACGCCAAAAAGAAAUCGAGAGAGAGGAGACUUGGAGAUUGUUCCCCACUGUCAAGACGAGCGUUGUUUGUGUCGCCGACCUCAGGCGCCAUCACCCAUCGUUCGAUGCUGCGGGAGGGUCCAGACCAUCCUCUCACUAAGAUGUUGAAAGCGAACGCAGAGAAAUCGCUAAAAGAGACAAAUUCGACUUUCGAUUCUCAGAAAAGUAACACAAUUGAUGAAAAUGAGGAUCUGAUACCAGGAGUCAUUAGUGAGGACAGUGUCAGUAAAAAAAAGCGAAGGAGGAACAAAGAGUCAAUAAUGUCUCAAAAUAGGGACGCUGAAGAUAAUAAAAAUGAUAGCAUGAGUCAAAUUACAAAAGAAAUCCUUCAAACCAGGGAUGAUGCUGUAACCCAACACCCCGCAACAAUGAAGAACAUCAGUGCUUCUGCUAAAGAUAGCAGUUCAGUAAAUAAAACCGCGAAUAACUUUUCAAAAAGAGAUCUUCGACAAACAUUGCGUGAACAACAAAUUUCUUCAUCAUCGAGUGCAGCUAAACGUUCAAUGUUUCCUCAAGCAUUGCAGAUUGCCUCGACUUUGAAGGAGGAAGGGAUCAUUUUGGGGUCACAGGUCAAAGUUAAUUUGUCCCAUGAAUUAAAAAACAAAGAUAGAUCAACAGUGAUAAAGUUGCCUCAAGCCUCAGAAGCUACUCUGAGAAAAAAUGUGAACCAAAACAACAUGACAUCUAAUGAUGUCAUUAAAGGUGAUGUCAUAGACCUAACUUUGAGUGAAGUAGACGAUGAUGUCAUAUUUGUUUCCCAAAUUGUCGAUGAGACAAAUCGCGAAGCUUGUGAGACAAAUCAAAAAGAUCAAGAAGCUCGUGGGAAAAUUCACAAAGCUUGUGAGACAAAUAAUGAAGCUUAUGGUACAAAUAGCAAUGUUUCAGAGACUGAUGAUGACGUAUAUGAGACAGCAACGGACAAUACACCAGAUCGCGACAAUAUCUCAAAAAUUGACACCAUCACCGCUUCUGAAAUAGUACUGUGUGAUAAAUGCGGAACAAUUCACGAGGCCAGUUUAUGUGAACAAGGUGAAGAUUUUGUGAGCGCUGAUGAAAAUUUAACAUCUGGGAAAGGAGAAUCGGUGAAUUUGAAAAAUUCACAAGAUGAAUUUCAUGAGCCGGUGGCUCACAGGAGCAUUUCACCAGCUGAAAUCGUGAAAUCCAUAGAAGACAUCGGCUUGGAUAUGCAGCCAAUAGAUGCGGAUGAUAUUUUUGUUCAAGUUUCUAACGCAUUGAAUGAGGCGAUUUUAGCCACUGAAAAACAAGAAUUGGAUGAAACAGAAGCCAGGAAAGGGAUGAAUUCAACUGAAAAAUCACCGGAAAGCUUGCUCACAGAAUCCCAGAAAGUAAUUGAUCAAGUUACAGACGCUCUUGAGAAGGCAUUGGAAGUGGGUGAUGAAGGCAUCAAUACUGAUUCCACCGAUUUUAACACUGAUGCCAUAAAAGAUAAAACUACUGACACUGAUGUCAUACAAGCUAAUAUUCAAACAACAGCACAAAAAGAACAUACGAUGCCCAAACAAAUUAAACAUGCCAUGAAUAACAAAACAGGUGCCUCAGAAGAUGGCACUUAUGCCAUGGAAAGAGGCACAGAUCCCCCAAUUGCAUUUGACAAUAAUGCCAGUUCUGAAUACAUUGAAGAUAUUUUAACUCCGGAAGUUUAUUCGCAGAGCUCAAACUCUGAUGAUAAUUUAUCCGAAGAAAUCUCACAGGAGUCAGAAUUGAUAAUUAAUUCGCAAAACAUUAUUCCUGAACCUGAUAUCACAACAGUCACGCCUGAGAAGUCAACACAGGGUUCAAAAUUAAAAGACAAUUCCACUGAAAGCAUGUUCAAGACUUCCAUGUUCGAUAUCAGUCAAUUUUUUGAUGAUGACAGUAGGAGUAACGUCACGGAUGAUGGAUUAUUCCGCAAUGAAGAGCUCGAAAUGAAUGAUGAUUUACCAGAAUUUUUAAUAGAAGAUAAAAUAUCUGCCAUCAGACAAAAAGAAAGUGACCAAUUGGAAAAUGUUGAAACUGAUUGCCUUGAUGAACUUCCGGAAUUGACUGAAACGCCAAGAAAAAGAAGAAAAUUUAUGGAGAGCCCGACACUCAACAAUAUAGAGCGGACAGAGAAGAUGAUGUCACAGCUGCUUAGUCAUUCGCUGAUGACAAGAGGGGCGGGUGACCAGUUUAACCAAUCACUGUUGGAGUCGCCCACCCAUGACUCAUUAGAUGGUUCGCAAUUGAUCAGAGACCUGGAUGAACUAUCGCGAGCAGCCCCUAGGUCUCCCAGAAACCCAAGGAAGCGGAACCGAAGUACGGAAACCAUCAAAACAUUGAGGAAUCAACGUUCUUAUACUGCAAUCCUGAACGACACAGCUUUCUCAAGAAGCUACAAACAUCACGGAGCAUCGUUGAAAAAACUUGUUCGGCAGAAAAAGAAAGAUCAUGAAGUUGACAAGAUGGAAAGAAUUCUUCUUUCUGAAUUAAAGAAAGGAGGAUUCAGGGAAACGCUGGAAAGGGCUGAACGAGGGGAAGCCGGUUCGAAACAUACAGAAUGUGAUGAAGACACUCAGAGAGCCAUAAACCUGAUGAAGAAAGACUGGGGAACAUUGCCUCGCUUGUCAGCAUGCAGCAAGAUAUUUAGGAGUUCGAGAUUGGAUUGUUGUCAUCACUCGAUGGUACUACAGAGCUGGUUUUCACACAAAUCAUUUCAAGCGUUGUCGCCACAGACAAGAAAAGUUGUGAUGAGCAUCAAAGGUUCAAACGUGAAGCAACAACUUCAGUUCCUCUCGUCUCUUCUGAGCGAGUCUGAUACGAGGAUGCAGACUUACCAAUGGCUGUUAGAGAUUAUGCCUUGUCAUUCGAAUCCCGACAUAAUUCAACGUGCAAUCCAAUCAAGUCUCAGGGAGAGAGAUUUCAAACAAUCACCUUUCAAUUACUCAAGUUUGAAAACUGCGUUGACUUCAUCAGGAAUCGAAUCAAGAAUAUUCAGCUCAAAUAAAAAUACGGAAAAAGUAAUAAAAGAAGAACCCAUUGACUCUUCCAUAUGUGAGAAUUGUCUGAAGAGAAGACGAAGAAAAACAUCAAAGAGCUUGAUGGGAAUAGUAAAGGUCCUGAGCACAACAAUCCAUGUUCAUCCAUUAACGCUUACGUCUCACCAGAAAUCAGACUUUGCGGUUUUUCUUCUUCUGCUGAUGCAAGAUGAGAAACUGAUCCAUUGGUUGGGCGACAUCGAGGAGAUGUUGGAGAUUCUGAUACGAGGAUUGAAGAACUGGCAAUCUCAUAAAUACACCAUAACUCGACGUCUGGUUGAGCUCUAUCCUCAGUUGAACGUUGUUGCUGAUAUUGCAGAAAAAAUCCGUUUCCAUGGCGAUCGUUUGCAUGAACUAAGCAAGCUGAUAUCUUUUGCAACUUUGAGGAUUCACGUCUUCGGAGAGGAAAGCAGGACAGCCGUUCUGGAUAAUUAUGCGGAUCUUGAGGCUCUAGUUGACAUCGUGGAUCACUUGAAUCCGGAAAACAUUGAAUUGUUGUUGUUACCUGACGAAUCUGCUGAACCAAUCGGAAGCCAGAAGAGAUCGUACCAUCACCUCAGCCUACUGCUACCUCUGCUCAACAUCUGCAUUGGUGAUGAGUGCAAGAACAGGACUGUACUGGCUGUGCUAGAGCGCCUCAGUACAAUUCUACGAACAAUGAACAAGCGAAUACGAGACAAUGGCGCCAUCUACAAGUCACAAGUAAAAUAUGAACUCAGUUUAUUCACGAAGAAUGUGCGAUUACUCAUCCAGAAAGCUCCAAAGAAGAAUAAGGCCUCGAUUUUCAAAUAUUUACGCUCGGCUCCGGUGCAUGAAGAAAUAAUCGAUAACAGUUUGGAGCAAUCCAGUGACUCAGAGGUUGAUGUUAACCUAUCCUACAAUGAUGCUGACGAUGAGGUUAAAGGUCGUGAAGAGGUCAAGGGUCAAAGUUUAAAGUUCAAAAAACUUGAUGGUGACAUCGCUGAAGUUUUGAAAAAUAAAAUAAUUGGAAUGGCAGGAAAGCGAUGAUAUCACAAUUCUUUGUGACUGUGUUUUUGUGUUGUCACAAUGAUUCUUUGGGGUUUCACAAUUGAUUUCUUUUGUUUGUGUCACAAUGAUCAUGACAUGCGCAUAUGCCAUCAUAAUUGUUUUUGUCAGGGAACUAUUUAAACAGAUUUCUGUAUUUCUAUUUUUUUAUAUUUUAGCGAAAAAUGAGAACUUUAACUGCUUUUGAUUGUUUUUUUUGCUUUAAAGAUUCUUUUGCUUCAUGGAUUGAA